AUGCUCGCUGGCGCAAUAUUCGCUCUUUCAUUGACCGGCCUUCCUGUCUAUGGCCAAUCUGCAUCAUCAUCUGCAGCAUCAAGCAGCGUAGCAUCCAGCAGCGUCGCGACCAGCUCUGCUGUUUCGGCUGCUAGUUCCGGAGCAACCUCUAGCUCCGUCGCUGGAUCUACGAACACCGAGGCCACUGCAUUGACAUUUUCGCUUACUGUGACCAACCCUACUGCUAUCCCGCUUGCAUCUAUAACAGCUAAUGAAACUAGUCUUGCUACAAUUCCUCUUCCUUCAACGGCCACUCCUGGUGCAACUAACACUUUUUUGUCUGGGGCUCCAGCUCUUCCCAAUCCGACAAGUAUUGUUUCCUCCAACUACCCUACACUUGAUAAGGUUCCUCCCACCGACUCUGAUGAGGUACAACAGUGGAUUGCAGAAGUGGCAGCUUCUGGAAUCAGCAUUCCUAACAUCACUCAAACUGUUCUUGGCGGUUGUCCCGCGAACGCAGAAGCCGCAGCAGAUACUUCACGUUGCUGGUGGUCCUGUACCGGCUGUGUUCGUGACACCGAUGUGCAAGAAUGCCCUACCAAGUUAACUUGGGGUUUGACUUACGACGAUGGUCCCUCAUUCUAUACUCCAAAUCUUCUUACCUACCUGACUGCGAAUGACCUGAGCGCCACUUUUUUCACUGUUGGGUCUCGAUGUGCGCAGUUCCCUGUUACAUUGCAAGAAGAAUUUAUGGCUGGGCACCAGAUUGCGGUGCACACUUGGAGUCACCCAUAUUUGACAACCUUGACGAACGAACAAGUCAUUGCCGAGUUGGGAUGGACGAAAAAGGUUAUUAAAGAUGUGACUGGGGUUACUCCCAAUAUGAUGCGUCCUCCCUAUGGUGAUAUUGAUGACCGAGUUCGUAACAUAUCCAUUGCAAUGGGUCUAACCCCGGUUAUGUGGACGAGGAUAAAUGCUACAGCCACCUUCGAUACAGACGAUUUCGAUGUACAUGGGGGACUUGCUUCGUCCUACGGCGUCCUAAAUAACUGGCAAAAUAUCAUCACUCAAGCCAACGAGAUUGACACUGGUUUCAUCGUAUUGGAACACGAUCUGUUCGAAGAAACUGUUCAACUAGCCACUGGGUACAUUCUUCCCAGCGCUAUGAACCAAUCCUUCGAUAUCAAGCCCGUCAUCAACUGCUUGAACAAACCUUUGUCUGAUGCUUAUAUCGAGACUAAUGAUAACUCAACUAACCCUCCGGCUGCAUCUGGUGUUGUCACACUUUCUUCCGGUGCGCCCGGCUCAGCCUCUGCUACUGGAGCUGCUUCCAGUAGUAACAGCGGCGUUGGGCUCAAAGUUUCUGGCACCUCCACAGCUCUAACACUCAGUGGUGGCUUUGCAUUCAUCGCCUUGUUUCUGUAG